AUGCCUUCAUUCGAUCAUCACCCGGAGCUAAUUCUGGUCAUUAUCAAAUACACGCCAUCAAAAGGCGACGUCGCUCAUCUCGCACAAACAUGUCACGGUCUUUAUGGUUUGGUCAUGCCUGAGCUUUAUCGCCAGAGCUACCGGGAUAAUGAGGCACAAACUCUUUACUGGACAGCGAAGAAUGGUCACAACCAGGUUGUGCAAUUUUUCCUGGAGGCUAAUGGCCAUCUCGGAUUAGAAAUAUUAUUGCCACAUAUGAACGAUGCGCUUUCACUGUCCGCGCAGCGGGACAGAUAA